AUGUGCGCCUUUCAAUCCCGUCGCCCACAUUCGAAUGCCCCUCCUGCCAACUUUGGGUCCAACGCCUCGGGCUACAAGGGCAACACUUCAUCGUCACCAGCGACUGUACCUCGUACACAGCAACAACAACAGCAGCAACAGAGCGCCUCUGUCAUUGGUGGAGGAGGCGCAGUCCAGCGCAGCGGUGGGGCUCCUUCACAGACAGGAGCUACGUCUGACUCGCCGCUAGUCAUCGAGGGAGGCGGGGGUAGGAUCCUAUGCGUAGCGGACGUGAGAGGUAAUCUCAAGACAUUGAACGAUCUCGCUGUCAAAUACAGGGCCCAAGCCAUCAUCCACACAGGCGACUUUGGCUUCUACAGCUCCGAUAGCCUCGAUCGCAUCAGCGACAAGACGUUGCGACAUCUCGUCCAAUACUCCGGCCUCAUCUCAAACGACCAAAGGAAUAAGCUUCUAGCGGCAGACCAGCCUCGCGGAGCGCCUCUUGGUGGCACAAAUUACCCAACGACAAACUUGCGCAGCCAGAUCAGCAACAGCAGCAUUCCACUCCUCUCCGAAUUCCCUCUGCUACUCGACGGCAGAUUGCAACUCAACGUUCCCGUAUUCACCGUCUGGGGCGCAUGUGAAGAUGUGGCAGUCCUAGAGCGCAUAAGGGCAGGAAGUUAUCAGAUUCCCAAUCUGCAAGUGCUCGACGAGGCCACUACUAGAUCCAUCCAUGUGGGGGACAUUCGUCUGCGGCUGUUUGGACUAGGAGGUGCAGUUGUCUUGCACAAGCUAUUUGACAAUGGCGAUGGAGCUGCAACCAUCGCUGGAGGCCAGGGAUUAAUGUGGACCACUAUGCUGCAGAUCGGUGAACUCGUGGAUACCGCACAAAAGACCUUCGACCCCAGCGAGACUCGGGUCCUAAUAUCGCAUGUUUCUCCCGGUCGGGAAGGCUUGCUGGCACAGCUUGCCGUCGCUCUGAAGGCCGACUUCACCAUUUCAGCUGGGCUGCAUUUCCGCUAUGGCAUCUCCUACAAUGAGUUUGGUGUCCAGCACGACUCGCAGAACUACCGAAACAAGAUGGUCAGCGCCAAGACUGCCUUCGGCGAAGUCUGGGAUGGAGUCAAGGUCCAGGUUGAGGAGGCUGUCGAUCCUCAGCAACGCAUCUUGCUUGACCAUGCACUCGCUGUGACCAAUCGCGUCCCAUCACUAUCCACUGCAACAGGAGCAGUCAGCGAAGAGUACGCCUGGAAGAACACAUGGAACUGGAAUCUGCCAGACGCAGCUCAUGGAUCAUUGGUCUUUGACAUUGCUGGGGGAAGGUUGGGCGCAGAAACCUACUCCUCUGGCUUCAACUUUGCGUUCCGACAGGCUAGCGGUAGCAUCGCCGGCGGUACGGCUGCAGUCGCGACUCAGCCUGCUGCUCACUCAGCAGCAGUGAAAUCUCAACCUACG